AUUGUGACCAAAACAUAUUUACUGCCUUCUCUAUAAUCUCUGUUCUCACAAGCCCAUACAAACAUACAUUACAUACCCAUCAUUUUAUUUUCAUCUCAUCUCUAUCAAUUCCUCUCCUCUCUUCUCUACACACAUCUUUCGAUCUGAGAGAUUUAUGAACAAGGAGAGAUAGGGGGGGUUUUACAGAUUGUAGUUUUCACUUCUUUAUUCGAGUUUUCUUGUUUAAUAAUGUUUUUUUUCAAUUUUUUUCAGCAGUAGAUCUAUCAUCGAAUCAUGGUCUGCCAAGCGGUUCCCGCUAGUUGACCCUAUCUAGAUAUACCUCAAGAUCUUUUUGCAAAAAUUUUAGUAAGCACAUAACGGGCAUAAUGCAAGGGCAGAGUAGUGCUAUUGGUUCUUUAUCAGAAACAUUAAGCUUUGAUCAUGGGUCUACACCUAGUGAGACUGGAAUGGCUCCACCGUUGUGCUGGAGCACUGCGAGGAAUAUAGUAAGAAAUCGGAUUUCUGAAUAUGUUUCAACCAAUAAUACGGGCAGUAUGUAUCAUAAUGCUAGCUCUAGUGCUGUGCCAAAUCAGAUCCGUCAUAAUGAACAAAAAGAGGAACAUUCUCGGGAAUCUACUACAAGAGGAUGUCCAGUUGGGCAGAAUAUAGAAAACCAACAGCAUGAGUCAGGCAGUGGCCUUCCCUCAAAUAAUGUAACGCUGGAUAGCAAUCAGAUUGCUAAUGGUCCUUUGUUUAUGCAGAGCUCUAGUUCCAUGUCUCAAGCUCUUAAUAUAAAUGCCGAAUCUGAUGAACAGGGUGAUGAUUGUCAAAUAGUGGAGCGUCCUCUUGUAUUUAGGUCUGGUUCAGAGAAUACAUUUCCUAACCGUAGGAGUUCCUCCAGUCCAUAUGACUUGCAAAGUGGCCAAUAUGUGGAAGGCAGUGGUAGCAGGUCCAGCACUUUAUUGGAGGAUCAUGUAUCCCGCAAAAGAAAAGCUCCCGAGGAAAAUGUUGGACAAUCUUCUGGAAGCGGAAGCUCAAACCACUUUCAGCAUGCAGAAAGUAGUGCAUGGCGUGCUAUUCCGGCGCCACGUAAUACUGGCAACAGCGUAAAUUUAUCAGCUCCUUUAGAAACUUUUACUGGUGUUCAACGACCGGAGCAGGUAAAUCCAGGACUUGCAUUUGGUGUUGGAGAUGUUUUUUCUGAAAGUUCUGCUGGUUUAAGUGCACUGGAGAGUACCGAACCUUCUUUUAGAAAUCUCCGAUUAAGGAUCAAUUCUACACAGCAACAAGAUUCUUUAUCCUCUAAUGUGUUUACUGUUGGAACUGCUGCCGGAUCGUCUAGUCUUUCAGCUCCCCAUCAAGCAUCUAGGCUUCUUUCACAUAAUAAUCCCUUGUCACCAGCAGUAACUGAUGCAAAUCCUGAAGUUCAGUAUCCUGUUGCUGAUGUUUCUGCCAUGCGCAGGAGUCUACACUCUUCCAGGUGGACCCGAAGCUCUAGCUCAAGAGCUGGGAAUAGAUCAAGUUCUGUCAUUGAGGGAGACGCUGCACCUGCUGGAGAUUCAAGGUCAAGAGUCAUGUCAAGAAGUAGACCGGAGCAUCCUAUUUUUAGAUCUCCUUCCGGAGGGAGAGAUUUAACGCCAAGUCGUAUUGACCUAAAUUCAACUGCUGGAAAUGUUAGUGUUGCUGAAAAUGCAAAUGUUGCAUCUUCUUCACGGGGUGGCACAGCAGAUGGUGGCCUUCAAGGCUCUGGCCUUAGCUGGUUUUCUGAUCGAAAUUCUCCACAGUAUACACGGAGACUCUCAGAAUUAGUUCGUCGAACAUUGUCGUCAGCUUCUGGUCCAGAGUCUGAAGUACAGAACACUAACAUUUCAUCUUCGCGUUCAAGCAUUUCUAAUACCGACCAAGGGAUGGCACUUCCCUCUGAAGGCCAAGGGCGUCCACGUUCGAGGUCAGCAAUGUUGUUGGAAAGACAUCUUGAAGGUGCUUCCAGAAUUUCCCAUUCACUCCGAACCUUGGCUGCUGCCACUGAAGGAAGAAGUAGGCUGGUUUCUGAGCAGAUUCGUGAUGUCUUGGAUCUCAUGCGCAGGGGUGAGGGCUUAAGACUCGAGGAUGUGAUGAUCCUUGAUCAGUCUUUCUUCGGGUUGGGUGAUCUACAUGACAGGCAUAGGGAUAUGAGGCUUGAUGUCGAUAACAUGUCAUACGAGGAACUGUUGGCUCUUGAAGAGCGCAUUGGAGAUGUGAAUACUGGAGUAAGCGAGGAAGUUAUUUCGAGUCAUUUGAAGCAAAGUAAGUAUGGAGUAUCUGCAAUAUCUGAUUUGCAGGAGCCAGAACCUUGCUGCAUAUGUCAGGAUGAGUACAAUAAUGGAGAUGAUCUUGGAGAGCUAGAUUGCGGACAUAGUUUUCAUGUGGCGUGUAUCAAAGAAUGGCUAACGCGCAAGAAUUUGUGCCCCAUUUGCAAGACAACAGCAAUGGGUGAGAAAGAAAAAGCGUAGAUCUUGGUUUCUCGUAUGAACCAUGUAGAAGUGAGUAUGGGUUACAACGUAUCUCUCACUUGGAGUGGUUCUUUGAAUUAGCUAAAUGAAGACUGUGUUUUACCCAUAAGGGUGCUUUGCAUGAGAGAUUUGCAUGUGCCCCUUUCGUACUUCUUUUUUUAUUUUUAUUUUAUUUAGUAUUGUUCUCCUUUGUGGAAAAAUUUGUGUAACUUAUAAAGAUAAAGUAGAAAGUUGGAUUUUUUUCUAGUAUAAAUUAAGACAUAAGGAUGGUUGGAUUGGAAA